CGGUCAGGAUCAGCCGAACUUUCUCAGAUGAAGCUCUCAAAACAGGAUGCACCAUUUAGAAAAGCAAGAUCGGUGUGGAAUUGCAUGCUCACGUUAUACCAAGGGUUUGUUCCACUCGUUUAUGUGGCAGCAGACCUGUGCACAGGCCCAACAGGGAACAACAGCCACCAGUCCAGGCUUUCUGGUUAGCAUACCUGAAUGACGCACGAGGAAAAGAGCCUGGAAGUGCCUUGAACGGGAAUGCGUUCGUUGUUGGCAUAAGCUCUUGUGAAUUGGAGCCUACUUCGAUGCAAGCUUCUUGCAUUCUUCCUCUCCCCCCACCGACCAGAAGAUGGGGAAGAGCUGCAAAGUGGUAGUAUGUGGGCAAGCGUCCGUUGGGAAGACCUCGAUCCUGGAGCAGCUCCUCUAUGGAAAUCAUGCGGUCGGUGAGUGUUGGCUUUCAGGUUCAGAGAUGAUCGAAACCCAAGAGGACAUUUACGUGGGCUCCAUCGAGACGGACCGGGGGGUGCGGGAGCUGGUGCGCUUCUAUGACACCCGAGGCUUGAGGGAUGGGCUGGAGUUGCCCAAGCACUGCUUCUCCUGCACUGAUGGAUACGUGCUGGUCUACAGCAUUGACAGCAAGGAGUCCUUCAAGAGGGUGGAGAUUCUGAAGAAGGAGAUAGACAAGAGCAAGGAUAAAAAGGAGGUCACCAUCGUGGUCUUAGGCAACAAGUGCGACUUGCAGGAGCAGAGGCGCGUGGACCACGAUGCAGUGCAGCACUGGGCCAAGGCCGAGAAAGUGAAGCUGUGGGAAAUCUCCGUCGCCGACCGCCGGACCCUCAUCGAGCCCUUUGUCUACCUUGCCAGCAAGAUGACGCAGCCGCAGAGCAAGUCCGCCUUUCCGCUCAGCCGCAAGAACAAGAGCAGUGGUUCUGUGGACGGGUGAAAGACUCGGGUGCUGUGCCCGCUGUAUCUUGCGACCUGCAUGCGCAUAGGGCUGGCCUUACCUUGAGCAAACGUGAAAAGGGAACACCCAGUAGCAGAUUCCUGAUGAGCCACUGCUUUCCUUCCUCUCUUUGCAUGUUUCCCCCUCUUUUUUAAAAAAGAACACUCCAAGUACACAGCGGUGGACGCCACUUUUGGCUUGAAUGGGGGGGGGGGAGGGAAAUGUCUGAAGCGGACACCACAUGCCCGAGUCAAGUGCCAACAGGUGUGUUGUGCGAUGAUAAAAAAGAGCAUCCUUAUUGCAGUCACAGGCUAAGGGCACAUUGGUAGCUUAAAACAGUGAGGUUGCUUUCUUCUCACUGAGGUUCAAGUCCGCAUUUUUACAUAGAGCGGGUGGGGAGGUCUUAAUCUGAGGCGUGUUACCUGAUCUGUUUUCCUGCCCCCAAAGCAAAGUGUCCUAUUCAAUGAAGUUGUCGUCUGAAUGUGCAGUGGCUUUCACAAGUGUACACACCUCAGCUUAACCACAGCUUAUGUUUCCAGUGGGGUGGACGUUGGUUUGAGACAAGGGGGAAACGCCACGUGGCAGUAUUUCCCAAGGAACUACAGGAUACAGGUGGAUUGCGACUAACAUGAUGUGUCCUUGGCUUCAGACACCAAUGGUGGAAGUGCCACUGGAGUGAGAGGAAGUGGUAAUGUGUACACAGCCACGGUUGAAUAUUCAACCUUGCUUGGAGCCACUCUUUCAUUCUUCUUUUCCAAGCGGCUUUGAUUUUUGGCCUUGGAAAACCUGUGUUAAGGCCGGGUACCAAAUUUCUGCUGUUGAUUUGGGUCCUGAAGGGCAGCAUGGCAGAGAGGGGAGUCUUCCUUGACCAACCCCAUUUGAGUGGUGACCCUGAUUCAGUUCCCUUCCCUCCCUUCUUCUGCCCACCAAGGGAGGAUGAAUGCUGUAGGGUGAAGCUGCAGGGCUAUUGGGGGGGGGGGGAAUGAGGACAGCGGAGGAAUGCUGCCGAACAUGGGAGCAAGCUGAUGGCCAAGCUAAUCUGUUCUCUCCAGACUUCUUGGCUAGCAGGAAAUAUCUGCAGAAAGGCUUUAGGAGCUGACUCGUAUUUGUUUAUUAAGAAGAGAAUGCUGAGUAAUUGCGGAUGGAAGAGAAGCAAACAGUGAAAUGCCUUAAGUUCAAGGCCGAUGCUCGUGCGACUGCACACUUCCUAACAAUUAGUUUCCAGGCCCAAUUCCGAGUGGUGGUUUUGACCUUUAUAAAGCCUUAAAUGGCUCAGGACCGCAUUAGCUCAAGGACUGCCUCUUUCCAUAUGAACCUACCCGGACCCCGAUAUCAUCUUCUGAGGACCUUCUUCUGGUGCCUCCUCUUCGAGAGGUCCGGAGGGUGGCAACAUGAGAACGGGGCCUUCUCUGCAGUGGCUCCCUGUCUGUGGAAUGCUCUCCCCAGGGAAGUUCGCCUGGUGCCUUCAUUAUACACCUUUAGGCGCCAGGCAAAAAUGUUCUUUUUUAACCAGGCCUCCUUUGUUUUUGAUUGACAUCCAAUGCCCUUUUAAAAUGUGGGGUUUUUUUUGGGGGGGGGGGUUAUUGGGUUGUUGUUUUUAUUUUGAUUAUAUAUUUUGUGGUUUUAUAUAUUAUGUUCUGUGAACCGCCCUGAGCCCUCCGGGAUAUAGGGCGGUAUAUAAAAUCAAUAAACAAAUAAAUUAAUUAAUUAACAGAAGUAUGGGGAAAGUGUCAUCCUAGGAAUGGGAUUUAACGCUUUGGGAAAGCUGAUUUUGCUUAAAUGGGUAGCUCAACUGGGUAGAAUGUGGUGCUCAUAAUGCCAAGGCCACAGGUUUGAUCCCUGUAUGGGGCAGCUGCAUUAUUUCUGCAGAUGAUCCUCGGGGUCCCUUCCAACUCUACAAUUCUAUGAUUGUAUAUAUAUUUAAAAAUACCCCAAUGCAUGGGAUGAGUUUGAUUUUGGACAUCUCAUGAAUGGCUUUUCCAAACAUAGUGACCCUGAUUUCCCGAUCUCGUUUAGGAACAAGUUAUAAGCAAUUUCUUGGACAGCUGGCAUCAAAUUAAGACUGCAAUCCUAUAUAUACUUACCUGGAAGUAAACUCCCACCGAGCGAUGUCCAAGGAAAGACCACUACUUAGUUGGGGUCAAGAACAAAGGUAGAAGAGUUGUCCAGAGAUCGCUGGUUAUGAUACAGCUAAUAAGUGUAUUGGAAUCCUUUUAGCUCUGGUGUGUAAAACUAUUAUGAGGAAUGCAGAAUAUAUUAUUACAUCUUUUAUUAAUAAACGUUUUAGGUUAUUGCGCUUUCGUCCAGCACACUGAAAACUGGUGUCUUCCGCUGAGGUGAUAGUUAGGCUGCAUGUUUAUUUGGGCAAUAUGCAAAUAUAUGUAAACCAUCUGGUUUUGCAAAAUAUAAUUGGGCACCCAAAAAUAAAUAAAUCUGUAACCAAUGAGCA